UGCUAACAACUGCUUCUGUUGCCUGUCCUUAAAAUGUGAUUAUGAAAUUAUUAUUUUCUAUUUUUUAAGUUUAGUUGCCAAAAACUAAAUAGCUGUGAUAAAAUCUUUGGAAGUACUGCAGUUGGAAUGUUCCACGGGUGUCUAGGCCUGGACGACAUGACUAAAUCAGGUUUUCAGGGCAAUAAUAACUUUUCUCAUGCAAUGAAGGUUAAAUAAGCUAUAGUCCAUUGUGGUUUUAAACACCUUGGCGGACACAGAACAUGAAAAACGCAGAGAUGCGUUUCACACAUCUGAGGUGAUAUCACAACAUAUUAAUGACUGCCUUUUUCCAGGCCCACGCGGGCGCAUGGGCUGUUUUAAGAAAGAAUCUUGGGGAAAAUACAUCAAACUUUGUAAUUCAAUCCUUCGCAAGUGAGUGAAAAAACAGUGAAACAUGUGAUAUUUUCCCUCCGGUGUAUGAAAGGUGACAUUUUCUAUCGCCAGGCAUAACUUGUCUUGAAUAACACAUGAUAGGGUGCAUAACCUGAGUCCCGAGAUCAUGUUUGAAAGUGGAACCGCGUGUACCUGUAAGUUCAGGUUCAUAUUUAUUCAUAAGUUGACGGUGUUUUACAAAAACGCCGCUGUCAGCCGCACGUUCAGGACCAUGGUCAGCUCCACUGUCACCUGCAGCCACAAGAGUCCUGUUGUUGUUGUUUUGGGGUUUUUGUUUGUUUGUUUACCUUGGCUGUAAUUAGUGGUUAUUUAAGUUACUGUUACCAUUCAUUUUGAACCUCUGAUCUCUGGUGUUUCAGUCCAGAGAACUUCUGCUAUAGGAUAUUUUCUCUUUUUCAGUUCACUCUCUGUACGUGUUUAGUUUCUGAAAUAACAACAACAACCAAAUGCUACCUUCACAAAGUCACUCUAAAUUUCUUCCAAGUUUUUGAACUUCAUGUUAUCUUGACCAUGUCUGCAUGCCUAGAAAGAAAUCAAUAUUAGUUUUGUAUCAAAUUCAAAACUAAUUAAUGUGCAUUGUUUACACCAUACACUGAAAUGCAAUGACUUUAUUUCAGUUGCUGGAUUUCCGCUUUCCUUGUACAAGGUUUUGUAAUUUAAAUAACAAUUAUUUCUAAUAUUCUAUUGCUUUUUCUUUUUACCAACACCAACGGUUAAAUAGCAGAUAUUCUGGGUCACAAAGGUUGUGUAAAUAUGCUUUACGAGUUAUAAUUUGCCUAAAAGAAACUAAACCUUCAUUUUGCUAUGGGCUUCGUGUUUUUGUUGAUACGCGAAAGUUGAUACUGAACCGAUUAGUGCAAUCUACACGACUGAAAUUUAAAGAAAAAUAACAGAAACGCAAACUUGUUUUAGCACUCAGUGCAAUUAGAGAAGAUAAACCAAACAAACAACUAUCUUUAACUACAGCAAAGCUUAUUGUAAUCACGAUGAUGGAGCUAAUAAAUGAGAUGAGGUCAUGUCUUAUGGGAAAAGACGUGAGGUUCAUCAACGAGCUAUAAGACAGUUACUGCUUCUCUCUGACACCAGACCCUCUGUCGACUUCAGCAGCUCCCUGGAUUAUCAGGGGGGGUUUUAUUUUUCACCUCAUUAGAGCAUCAUUAUUUUAUUUUUAUUGUUGCUGAAGUCAUUUUAUCAUAAUUGCACCAUAAAGUCUGAUAAUAAUGUGCUGCAUGCGAAUGUGGUUAUGUCGUUCACGGUGAAUCUAAAUCUAAUUUAAUAAUCUAAUCUAAAACCGCAUGGUAUCACCUAUGAAUAAGGCUGCUGACUUGUUGUUUUAUUUAUUUAUUUUAUUUUAUUUUUUAAAUAAUGGCAGCGCAUCUAAGUGACGCCCGUGAACAAUGCUCUUCUCUAACACCUCCUUAGUCCCUCUCUCGGUGGACUUCGACAGUCCCGAGGACUAUUUCGUCUUCAUAUUCCAAAUCGUGUUCGCCACCACUGCGGUUCUCGUGGCAGGACCGGUAGUCGUGGCAAUUGUGCGCACCAGAGCGCUGCGCCUGCAAAACAGGUUCGUUUUCAUGCUGAACACGAGCAUUUGUGACACUCUGGUCGGAUUUUCAGUCUACUACCUGGGUCUGUUCGAUGUUCAGGAGGGGUUUCCGUCUAGAAACGGCACUUAUAAUAUUCUGCCUAACCUCCUCGGCGUGAACAUCAUGACGUUUUUAUUUGCGCAGUUUGACAGGUAUAUCGCCGUGUGUCAUCCUUUCAUGUACUCACGGUUUGUAACCCGGCGAGUCAUCGUCGCUAUCAACGUCUACUGCUGGUUUCACGUGUACGGACAGUGGAUCGUUUCGUACACUAUGCCCGUGUCCAAAGCCGUUCAGCUGUAUGUUUUCACUAUUGUCUGCUUACAGGCCAUCGUGCUCACCAAAGUGGCCAUGACUAUCAAACUGUAUGUCGUUGCCAGGUACCAGCUCGACAGAGAUCCUCCGAGUGCAGAGAGAGAAAGCAACAGGGAGUCGUUAAGAAUCAUCAUUUUUGUGGUCAUAAGCUUCUUGGUGUUGUGGGGUCCCUCUUUUGUAAAUAUUAUACUCAGACUGAUGGUGGGAAAGGGGCUGUCGUUUAGGAACGAGGCCACGAACCUCUUCGCCAUCAUGGCUCGUUUGAACGCAGUGUGCACACCUGCGGUGUAUCUGUGGGGGAGUCCGGCUCUGCGGGAGGCCACGAUGAGGACAGUGUGGCGCAAACUGUGCCCGAGAUGUAAGAGGAGAAUUGGCGCAACUCGUGUGACAGGAAACGACAAAGGGAGGCCGAUGCAGAGUCACUGACAGUGAAAACAAGGAAUACUCGGCUUCACUGACACCAUGGACAUUAUAUUAUUGUUUUCAACAAAAAAAAAAUACAAAUAAAUCAUUUUCUUUGCAGAUAAAUAUUGGCUGUUACUAGAAAUAAAAUUCAGUUUGCCUGUGUUUGGUGCAGCAAAAUCUGCAGCGCUUUGUUUUAUUUUAUUUUCCUAUAAGCCCGAUAAGCAUUAUUUAAACACACGCGCACAGUUUACGGUUGCACAGUGAAGUGAUAUAUUAUUAUGGGGUAUUCAUUUUGAGUUUUAGAAAAGAACUAUUUGUCAUUUGACUUAUUUGCGAAUGGCUCUAAGAUGUAAAAGUAAAAUGUGGGCGAGUUCAGCUUCAACUAUGAAGUAAUGGCUUUCACUCUAUCAAUUUAGAGAAAAUCGACACAAGUCGUACACCUUCAAUCUCAGCAACGCUUGAUUUGAAUGAGGCUUUUUUUAUUCUAAAAUUUUGCACCUCAAAACCUUAAGAAAAACUAAACUUAGACACUUAGAAAUUAGGUUUACUUUUUUUUCAGGUUUGAUGAUUGAAACCAAGAAAUUCAUUCUGCUGAUAUUUUAUAUUAUUAAGUCCUUUUAUUCCACUACUUUGAAAAUAAUCACUUUAAAAAUGAUUCUGUUUAAAUUAUUUAUGUAUUUAUUAUUUAUUUAUUAUAUGGAGGAAAGAAGCAUGAACACAUUCACAAAGAAGCAGCUGGAAUAUCAGACUACUUGGUUUGAUUAUUUAAAAUGAAGAUCAGCCCUGGGUUAACACUCACUUUGUGAGAAGGUUGAUCCGAACAUUCCUUCCCGUCUCUGAAUCUUGGAUACUUUUCCUCUGGGCAGGUUUUAACCUUCCUGUGGGCAAAAAAAACUAUAAUGAGUAAAUGUACAUUUUGACAUGCUAACAGUUAACAGAGGAAAUGCUGCAGGCUUCACUUGUCUUCAUGUUCUUUAAACCUGUGAAGGUGAGUUACUCUAAUGUUGCUCUAAUGACAAAAUGCACUACAUAUGUUGGUCCUAGUAAAAAUGUGAAAUGGACUCCAGAUGACGGUGAAAAAAGAAAGCAAAAUUG